UGUUCCUUUCUCGGCAAUCCGUGACUGCGUGGUGCAACGCACCGCAUCCGCUCCGCUGAGUUUGCGCUCAGGAGUCGGGACAGUACGGCUUUUCUGGUUGUGACAGGCGGCGCAUCGCGUUCCAAGAUGCAGCUCAAGCUAAGCUGCAGCAAAACAGAGCCCCCCGUGGGUGCCCUCAUCACUGCCGCGUACGUCAAGCCGGCCGUCCUUGUCAACGUGGACUGGAACAACAGUACGUGCUUGCAGCUCGACGGCGGCAAGUCAUUCGGAUCGUCCGCGCUCAUCUCGCGCUACCUGGCCCGUGCGGCUCCCGACGGCCAGCUGUACGGCAACACCGUUCUCGAACGCACCGAGGUCGACCACUGGAUCGAAUUCGCAGCCGCGCGCCUGUCUCGCGCCGCCGAUGCCGGUUUCGCCCAUGCGCUGGGAUGCCUCGACAAGGCUCUCGGUUCGGUCACCUACCUCGUGGGUCGGGCGGUCACGCUAGCCGACAUCGCCGUCUGGGAGGCUCUCUACGGGAACCCGGCGUGGCACACGGCGCUGGCCGCGCAGAGAUGCCCGCAGAACGUCUCCCGCUGGUACCGCUUCAUCGCGGAGCAGCCCAACGUGAAAGACGUCGUCGCCAGCCUGCCGGCCGAUGUCGCCGCGCGCGAGCAACCCAAGGCGGUGACGGCUUCUGCGGACGCCGGCAGCAAGAUCAGCAAGGAGGAAGGCAAGUUCGUCGAUCUCCCGGGAGCCGAGAUGGGCAAAGUGGUGGUCCGCUUCCCUCCCGAGGCGAGCGGCUACCUGCACGUGGGUCACGCCAAGGCGGCCCUGCUUAACCAGUACUACCAGCAGGCCUUCAAGGGCAAGCUCAUCAUGCGUUUCGACGACACCAAUCCGGAGAAGGAGAAGGAGGACUUCGAGAAAGUGAUCCUGGACGACGUCAAGAAGCUCGAGAUCACUCCCGAUCGCUUCACGUUCACGUCGGACUAUUUCGAGCUCUUGCUUCAAAAGUGCGAGGAGCUGCUCAGGAAGGGCCUUGCCUACGUCGAUGACACCGACGCGGAGACGAUGAAGGCCGAGCGUGAGCAGAGGGUCGAGUCGAAGAACAGGGCCAAUACAGUCGAGCAAAACCUGAAGCUCUGGGAGGAAAUGAAGAAAGGCAGCGAGCGGGGGCUCAAGUGCUGCGUCAGGGCCAAGAUUGACAUGAAUUCAAACAACGGUUGCAUGAGGGAUCCUGCCUUGUAUCGGUGCAAAAUCAUGGACCAUCCGCGGACAGGGAGCAAGUACAAGGUAUACCCCACGUAUGACUUUGCGUGCCCAGUCGUCGAUAGCGUCGAAGGCGUGACUCAUGCUCUAAGGACUACCGAGUACCAUGACAGAGAUGAGCAGUUCUUCUGGGUUCUUGACAGUCUAGGUAUGAGGAAGCCGCAUAUCUACGAAUACUCAAGGCUCAACAUGAUGAACACGGUGCUCUCAAAGAGAAAGCUUACGUGGUUUGUCGAAAACAAGAUUGUGGACGGUUGGGAUGAUCCGCGCAUGCCCACUGUACGUGGAGUUCUUCGCAGAGGCAUGACGGUAGAAGGUCUGAAACAGUUCAUCAUUGCUCAGGGGUCGUCCAGGUCUGUUGUGAUGAUGGACUGGGACAAAAUCUGGGCAUUCAACAAGAAGGUGAUUGACCCGGUGGCUCCUCGGCACACAGCCGUGGAGGAACAAGACGUUGUGGUAGUUGAUGUGCCAGGUUUGAAAGAAGAGAGGCUACAGGUUGCAGUUCAUCCUAAGAACCCAGCUCUCGGACAGCGUGAAGUUGUUGUGGCACCGCAGUUGCUCGUUGACCAGGUUGAUGCUCAGGCCAUGAAGGCUGGUGAUAACGUCACUUUCAUCGGACUGGGAAACUUGAAAAUCAAAAGUGUAGACAAGGGUGCUCAGGGAAAAGUAACCAAAAUUGUAGCAGAGCCAAAUCUUGAUGACAAGAACUAUAAAAAUACACUCAAGGUCACAUGGCUUGCAAAGACACCUUCAGCACCAUUGGUUCCCUGCAAGUGCGUCUUCUUUGAUCACAUUCUGUCCAAGCAAGUGUUAGGCAAAGACGAUGACUUCAAAGAUUUUGUGAGAAAGAAUACCCGCCUUGAGGUGCCCAUGCUGGGUGAUCCUCUUCUGGCGAACCUCAAAAAAUACGACAUCGUCCAAAUCCAAAGGAAAGGCUUUUUCAUUUGUGACCAGCCAUACGAUCCAGAAGCGGCACGACACACAAGCGUGGAGGGACCCUUAGUGCUUUUCCACAUUCCUGACGGAACACAGUCAACGUCAACACUUCCAGAAGUGGUCCAGAAGUUUUAUGAUGCACGAGAGAGCCUGAAGGAACAGCAGCAACGAACCAAGGGCAAGGCAUCCGAAAAGUCUCCAGUCGAAGACAGCAAGCCUGUGGUCGCGCAGUCUAAACAGCUGGAGGAACUGGGCAGCAGGAUACAGGAUGUUGGAAAUGAAGUCAGGCAGCUAAAGGCGAGCAAAGCGCAGAAGCCGGAAAUUGACGCCAAAGUUCAGGUGCUGCUGUCACUAAAAGCCGAAUUCAAGAAGCUUAGCGGCAAGGACUGGCAGCCAACUUCGGCAGCACCUGCCGCAAAACCAGGUAACCCGCACAAUGCCCCUCCUGCACAAAACUCCACUUCUGUAACCGACCUGGACAGAAGCAUCCAGGCACAGGGAGACAAGGUCAGGAAGUUGAAGGCAGAGAAAGCAUCAAAGGAGGCACUGGAGCCUGAAAUAAAGGAGUUGCUGAGGCUGAAGGCAGAGUACAAGGCAGCCACUGGAAAUGAAUGGAAGCCUGGCAACCCGACUGUGCCUCCGGCGUCCGGCACCGGUGACAUUUCAGCAGCGAUCGGAGGUGCACAAGAACUGGACAAAAAGAUUCAGGCACAAGGGGACAAGAUCAGGGCCCUCAAGGCUAGCAAGGCUGCCAAAGACGUCAUUGACCCCGAGGUAAAGACCCUGCUCCAGUUGAAGGCAGAUUACAAGGCCGCUACAGGCCAGGAGUGGAAGCCAGCAGCGGCAGAGCAGUCGUCAAGUAGCGGCACAAAAUUGUCAUCCCAGGAAAAGCAAAAGGAUCAAGGUGACAAGGGUAAAAAAGCAGACAAGCCCAAGCAAGCAGAAAAGGCCAAGAAAUCGGCGUCGAAGGAAAGCACUCCCACACCGCAGGACGGUCCCAAGAAGGUCACACGUCUUGGACUGGAAGCCAAGAAGGAAGAGAACCUUCCAGACUGGUACUCACAGGUCAUCACAAAGGCUGAAAUGAUCGAGUACUACGACGUGAGCGGUUGCUACAUCUUGCGCCCGUGGGCCUACAGCAUCUGGGAGAACAUCAAGGAAUUCCUCGACUCGAGGAUCAAAGUCAUAGGCGUCCAGAACUGUUACUUCCCCAUGUUCGUGUCUGCUCAGGCCCUGGAGCGGGAAAAGACGCACGUGGCGGACUUCGCCCCCGAGGUCGCCUGGGUCACCAAGUCCGGCAACAGCGACCUGGCCGAGCCCAUCGCCAUCCGGCCGACGAGCGAGACGGUCAUGUACCCAUCGUACGCCAAGUGGAUCCAGUCGCACCGCGACCUGCCACUCCAGCUGAACCAGUGGUGCAACAUCGUGCGCUGGGAGUUCAAGCACCCGCAGCCGUUCUUGCGGACCAGGGAGUUCCUCUGGCAGGAGGGCCACUCGGCGUUCGCGACCAGGGAGGAGGCCGUGGAGGAGGUCUACAAGAUCCUCGACAUCUACACGGCCGUCUACGAAGAGCUGCUAGCGAUUCCGGUGGUGCGAGGCCGCAAGACCGAGAAGGAGAAGUUCGCCGGCGCCGACUUCACGACGACCGUGGAGGGCUACGUGCCGGCAAGCGGUCGCGGCAUUCAAGGCGCCACGUCGCAUCACCUUGGCCAGAACUUCAGCAAGAUGUUCGAGAUCCAGUUCGAGGACCCGGAGACGCGCGAGAAGAAGUUCGCGUUCCAGAACUCGUGGGGUCUGACCACGAGGACGAUAGGCGUGCUCGUGAUGGUACACGCUGACAACCAGGGACUGGUGCUGCCUCCCCGGGUGGCCAGCUACCAGAUCGUCAUCGUGCCGUGCGGCAUCACGGCCGCCAUGACGGAGGAACAGAAGGCGGCGCUCAUCAAGUUCUGUCAGGAUUUCGAGUCCACGCUCACCAAGGAGGGCGUCCGGUGCAAGGGCGACUACAGGGACAACUACUCGCCGGGAUGGAAGUUCAACCACUGGGAGCUCAAGGGAGUUCCCGUCAGGGUGGAAAUCGGUCCGCGGGACAUGCAGCAGAACCAGUUCGUGGCCGUGCGGAGGGACACGGGCGAGAAGCUCACGUACAGCGCGGCGAGCGCGGUCAAGGACAUCAAGACCCUGCUGGAGACCAUCCAGAAGUCGAUGUACGAUCGGGCCAAGGCGGACCAGGUCAAGUUCCAGGCGGUCACCAAGAGCUGGGACGUGUUCCUGCAGAAGCUGGAGCAAAAGUGCGUCAUCAUGGCCCCCUUCUGCGGCGACAUGGACUGCGAGGACGAGAUCAAGAAGAACAGCGCCAAGGACAGCGGAGAGGCGGAGCCCGGGGCCCCGGCCAUGGGUGCCAAGAGCCUGUGCAUCCCGUUCGACCAGCCGGCUAAGAUCGAAGAGGGAGACAAGUGCGUCAACCCUGGGUGCACGAGAAAACCCGCGUUCUACACGAUGUUCGGACGAAGCUAUUGAUCGGGACUCAUCUCGCUUCUUAAUUUAACAGGAUCUGACACAAUAAACGAGAUUGUUGUUUUUUU